UUAAAUAAGCUUUUCAAAAUUGAAGUUAAAAGGGGGGGGGGACUGGAAAAGAGCCAAAUAUGGGAGAAGAGUGGAAAAAGCGCUUUUUAUUCAAAUAUAUUGUUUUUGAUAGAUUUGAUGGCGAAGUGUAUCAUUUUACGUGUCUGAGCAUUUUUUUGCAGCUAUUGCAUAAAAAUAUUUGUUCGUAUGUUUUUAACUUUGUAUCUUUUUUAGCACAUGCGUUAUAAUUCGUUGUGUAUUGUGUGCAUAUAAUAAUUUUUUACUGAGCAAUGACUAGAGCGUUUCUGUUGUGCUUCUUAUUUUCUCUUUCAAAUAGCCAGAGAAUUUUUUUUGAGGCUGAUAGCUACACUUACGAAUGGAAUAAGGGCAGAAAUAGCGAGACGGCUUCCGAUGAAAUUCAACUGCAAUUAGAACGAGAUAGUUUGACUGGUGAUAUUUCGGUGGAUUGUUCGAUAACUCAAACAUAUACAGACAGUGCUAGUUUUUAUUUCACUUCUGCCACUCAGCCGCAGCUCACUACUACUUCUCUGACAUUUUCCGGAAACACUGCAGCAAUAAGCCUAGCUUCUCUAGAAUGGGGUCAAACUCUAAACGAUGGGUCGUCGCCCGGUGGAUAUUCCACAAUUUCAUGCCAAUCUACGAACCUAGCUAAUAAUGUGCAACUAUCGGCAUCUACUCAAGUCCAGAUCAAGUUCCCGCCCAAACUCUCAAUCUACCCUGAGAAAGUUUACCUGCCAAAUGACCUGGAUAACGAGACUGUUUACAGUCUGACUGUUCGUAUGUCGAGCAGUCCAACAAGCGAUACUCGAAUUAGUUGUUCAACUGUUAGCGAGGACGGACUAAAGGUCACUUUUUCAGACCAAGUAGUUCUAACGCCCGUGGACCCGAUAUACUCAGUAUCAGUGAAUGUCAGCAUCGAUGAUGACACAGCUGAUCCGGGAUCGACCGUAACUUUUACUUGCGAAGCCUUUUCCCUGGACUUUCAGUACCUUCCUCAAACGUCAGACUCGAACGAAGCAACACUUGAGGUACAACCUAUUGAGGCCUCUUUGAAUCCAAACAAGCAAACUGUAUCAGGGAGUUCAGCUGUGGUAUAUUUACAACUAGUAGAGCGCCAUCAUGCUCAGCUGGAGUUCACAUGUUUCGUGUUCUCGGAGCAGGAAUCACCAAAUAACCAAGGGGAAACGCAUUACAGCACAUUUGAAACUGAACAAUGUGGCUUAGAUUUAACGGGAGAAGAGCGAGAUAUUCAAUGGAGCAUAAGCCCUGAGAGUCCGCUUGUUCCACGUGGAGUCUCUUCGUUGGCUGUUGUUGUUAACUCUGAAGUGGCCUACUCAAGAGAUACAGUAAGGAUUGUUUGCUGUGACAGAAACCAAGUGGCGACGAAUAUUGCCGAAAUUUUGGUACUAAACUCUUUCGUACAGAUGGGACAAUUGGCCUUGAGUGGAGAUGUUAAAAGUGUCAUACAGAACCCGGAGUGGGUGGAAACAGCGGGAUGUCAAUGUGAUCUUACCUACGGGAAAUGUGACAUCAACUGCUGCUGCGACACUGCAGACUGUACAACUGCAACCAUAGAUCUGUUCGAUUGUACCGAGCCUCUGGAAUCAGAGCAAACUCCUAAAUCAGGAAUGGGAGGGUACUGCGAAGACUCAGAGGAUACCAAUCCAUUCUUCUGCGUAGAAACUGAGUCUCCGAACUGGAUCGGAUACUAUUUUCCAGAUAAAGGAGAAACCGAUGAAGGAACCGACACUGGUUACGACCUUUCAGCACGAAUGCUUUCCACAGAUAGCUCGUUUCAGUACUCGGAAAGAGGAGAGAAUAUGAGAGGGCAGACACGUUCUUUUGACCCCAGUGCGAUUGCGCAAUCUGAACGGCUUACAUUUCCUGGUCAGUUUUUAGGUGGUAUGUGUGCUCGCAAUAAGAUUGUUCCAUUCUUAGUGGACUCAUCCGUUAGUUGUCCCGUUGAAAUCACUCAAACUGAAUGUACAAGACCAGAUUCUCAGUUCAGUGCCAGAAACUACCUUGUUUCAAGUGAAAGAACGUUUCCGGUGCCCCUCUAUAGUUAUUUUGAGCUUACUAAUGGAACUGUUAGCAUCCCUGCAACCAGCACGUAUUAUUGUGCAAGAACUGAAGCUGAACUGAAUGCGUAUUUGACUGACCGAUCUGUUUUGCCGCCUCUGUGUUGGUUCAAUGAUCAAUCUGAAGUUCUCCCACCCGAACCCGAUUUCAUUCAAGGUACAACAGCCAGGUGUGCAAAUGCAUUACUGGGUGCGAAAUACGUCUUUAACUGGAAAGGAUCAUCUAUCAUAUCCUAUGAAACUACUCUUGUGUUAGGCAGCGUAGGAGUGAUUCCGGAUACUUAUCAACCGCCACAGUUGUUUUCUUUCGUACGCGAUGAAGUUUCACCUGCAGCCGCUGCUUUUACAGAACCAACAAAUCCGAAUUCUGUUACUGUCAAUCCAUCUUACGCUGAUUUUCUGACGUCAACGGCGCCUGACUCUCAGAGUGUUCUUCCUGGACUGUCACAGAAAUUUGAGGUAUAUUUUGUCUACAAUGCAACUCUGAGCGAGGUUGACAGUUCAGCAGAGCUUGAGAGAUCUGGAAAUCCGGGUUACUUGAACCAAUUGCCCUUAAGACAGGCUCUUGGCAGUUUCAAUAACGAUGCCGUCCUGGUAUCGCUUUCAGCGAGUCUCAAUAACAUCCAAUUUCCCCUUCCGGAUGGCUCUGGGCUCUGCAAUGUCGAUCGAACGACACCGCUCUUGUUUAACACUAACUAUACUUCGUUGUGUUUCGUAGAACUAGCUUACAAUGACUUCGAUAACUGUUCCACUAUUGCCUCAAAGUUUACAAAUAUGCUUCCAGCUAUGCCUUCGAAUGUUUACAUGGGCAAGAAGGGCAAUUCGGAUGUCGCUGCUUUAGAGGACUGGGUUCCUUUUAUGACGUCAUCAGACCCCUCUGGGCCGUGGGGUCAAUUAGCUGAAAAUGUAAUGGAUGUGCUGCAAGUAGAUCCUGUACCUGAAAGUGGCGACAUUUACUCCUCAAGAGGAGCUACAUGUAAAGAUGUCCCAAGUGGAUAUUCUUUCGAAUUUUUGGUGUCUGAUUCUGGUUUGGUUGACGGAGUGGUCCAGUUCGAAUUAGUAGGCGCGAGGCUUAGAGAACUCUAUUCUGAUAUAGAGUUGAACUGUUUCCAACUGAAGCGUCCUGACCUAUGCGAGCCUAAUUCGAGUGAAACGCAGAAGUUCCCGUUCUACCUGCAUACGAAAUUUUUCACUUUUCCUAACCCGGCGACGCAGCCUAGAAAAACUAAAAGCGAGUUGGAAUGGGAUCGAAGGGAGAACUGCGAUGUCAAUGAAAACUGUUGGGGCAAUUUGUUCUACCCUCUGAAGCAACCCCCGAGUGAAAAUAGAGAACGGUUCCUUCUCUUCCAGGAAAACACUCUGUUCACUGUCAGUUUAGGGGCUGCCGCUCUAUUCACGUGGAAAUUUACCAAGCCAUGGACCGGGCAGAGAUAAAACACGAGACAGAAAACAACACAUCUCCUUAGUCCGAAGUAAUAGUUUUUUAAAUGACUGAUUUGAUUUCCUAUGCUAAAAGAGAUCAACUAGUUCUAUUUUGUACAUUACUUGAAUUGUUUCUAACUUGACUUUUUUCAUCUUCCAAA